UAAUAUAUAUACAUAUAUUUUGCGUAUGUGUAUGUAUAUGCAUGUGUAGAUGUAUCUGUGUAUGUCUAUUUUAUGUAUAUGGGUAUUUACGGGAGUGCAUUUUGGCUAAUGGAAGAAAUAAGUAUUCAGGUAUAUAUGCAUGUGCAUUUGUAAGUUAACCUAAAAUUGAAUUUGAAAUGUCAUUCCUUAUUACCACUCUCACCACCACCCUCAUCAUUUGCACCAGUGUUACUAUAACCCUAUCGUCAUUGCAAAUUUUCAAGCAUUGUUUUCAUUGCAAUUACUACUAACUUUUACAUGGCCAUCUACGUUUAACCAAAUGCAGCUUUUGAUAUUUUAUUUUUUUAUUAUUUUUAUGUAAUGCUGUGCAAGUUCUUAAAAGUUGAAGAUAUGGAACACUAAAAUAGUUGGGAUAAGUUUGGGUGAUGUUAUUGGGACCAGGAGGCUUAAAGUUGAGUGGUGGAGAUUGGUUUGGUUUGCUUUAGCCAUACCUAAACAAGCUUUCAUUAUUUGGCUUGUUUUCUGCAAGGGUCUUAUAACUGUACCCCGCUGUGGAAGACUCUUAUGAGUAAGGGGUUGAUUCCUGAUCCCCCUAUUGAUUGGUCAGAUAUUGUUUGUUUCGGUAUCAGUAACUGGAAAAGUGAUCAUUUGAGAGCUAAUCUUUGGUGCUGCUGUCUAUCAUCUUUGGUGGCACAGGCAUGGUAUAAAACAUGGAAAAACCCUGAGAACGGACGAACAAAUCUUGUGUACUGUGGUAUGGGACAUCAAGCACCGCAUCAGUUGGAAGGGGAGGUUUAAAAAGUCUGAUUUGAAAUGUGCCCUUUGUGAAAGUUGGGGUAUUGGUUUUGAUAUUCUUCAUUAGUUGCAGACUUGAUUUUUUGUUGUCUGCUAUAGUGUUUUGUCAGUGUUGUGGCUAGAGUUAUGGGUGUUUUUGCUGUGUAGGAGCUGGGGUGUUUGUUUUCUGUUGGUUUCUAGCUCACUGCUAGAGUGUGGUUGUAAUUUUUUGUUGUGAUUAAUGAAAAUAAAUCAUUCAUCCAAAAAAAAAAAAAAAAAAAGUUUGGGUGAUGUUGUUGACUUCAUUGCAAUAACUGGCAAAAGCUGAACCUAGGGAAAUAAUGCAUUGGUGUCAAACCAACAGUUUCAAUAAAAAAAUUGAACAAAAAAAAUUACAUAGAAGAACUGUGAUAUAUAAGUUAAUGCAUCUCUCAAGUCAUAUUAUGACAUUAACACCAACUUCUUUCAUAGGUCCAUAAAAAAUUUGUGCAUGGUUAACUUUCUUUUUCUAUCAAUUUAUUUCCACCAAUGCCCACAUGAUUGCUGGUGUUGCUUCUCUACUCAAUAACUUAUAUUUCCGCUACUUGAAACAUUGAGUUACAUUAAUGUUGGUUAGUACAUAUCUUUAUAGCUUUAAUACUGAUAGUUGAAACUUGGUUUCCCGUAUGCUAUUUUGGCUGCAGUUAAUUGAGGAAGUCCUUCUGAGAACCUGUAUGUCAAAGUGAUUUUCUGCUCAAGUUAUCGUAGUUUGGCAUGAUGUGACUGUAAUCUUUGUAUUGAUGCUUUGGGAUCUUGUUUUGUGUCAGAUAUGUGAAUGGUUGAGUGACCAAACGAACCAUGGCCGACCCCCUGGAGACAUUGCAAUUCAGUUAGAUUUGAUCUCAAAAGUUCAUGGCCUGGAAGAAGCAGAGAAGUAUUUUGGUAGCAUCCCAGACAGUUCGAGAAUCCUACAGGUAUAUGGAGCUCUUUUAAACUGCUAUGCUGAACAUAAGUCUCUGGAUAAAGCAGAAGCUACCAUGCAGAAGAUGAGGGAGCUAGAUUUUCUGAAAUCAUCUCUGUCUUAUAAUGUUAUGUUAAGCCUAUAUUCUCGGAUAGGUAAAACUGAGAAACUAGACAUUCUAACGCAAGAGAUGGAAGAGAAGGGCAUUGAGUGGGAUACGUUCACAUUUAACAUCAGGUUGAAUGCUUAUGCUGCCACCUCUGACAUAGAGGGAAUGGAGAAGCUUCUAGUGAAGAUGGAAGCUGAUCCUGUAAUCACCAUCGACUGGAAUGCUUAUGUUGUUGCAGCAAAUGGGUAUUUGAAAGCUGGUCUGCAUGGAAAGACUUUGGAAAUGGUGAAGAAAGCAGAGCAGCACGUUAGCAGUAAAUCAAGGAGGUCUGCUUAUGAAAUCUUCCUUACUCUGUACACUGCUAUUCAGAAUAAAGACGAGGUGUUUCGAAUGUGGGAUUUCUACAGAAAUAUGGGGAAAGUCUUGAAUUCAGGUUAUAUUUGUAUGAUAAGCUCGUUAGUGAAGCUGGAUGACAUUGAAGGUGCCAAGAAGAUCUUUGAGGAGUGGGAAUCUGGGGAUACAUUCUUCGACAUACGGGUUCCACGCGUGCUGAUCACUGGUUAUUGCAAGAAGGGUCUUUUGGAAGAGGCUGAAGCAUAUAUAAACAGACUUGUAGAGAGUGGGAGGGAGCUGGACUCGAUCAUGUGGGAACGAAUGGCAACUGGAUAUCGUGCACACGGGGAGAUGGAAAAGGCGGUGGUGACACUUAAGAAAGCAUUCUUGGCAGGUGGAGCAAGAUGGCGGCCCAACCGUUAUAUUUUGGGUUCAUGUCUGGAGUACUUGAAAGAGCAGGGGAACGUGGAAGGGUCAGAGGAGAUCUUGAGGUUACUUAGAGAUCAUUGUCAUUUAUCAACAGAUAUAGAUGAAAGAUUACUAAAAUACAUUAGCAGUGAAAACCCAGGUUCCAGAGCCUCUGAUUAUUUGAAAGGAGAUGGUCAGGUGGAAGGGGAUGAUCAGGAUGUAGAUGGUGAGACUCUGGGGGGUAAUGGUGUAACUAAUGGACCUCAAGUCUGAUGGCAGCAGCUGAAUUAUUUGUAAAGCUAUGGGAAGUAUUUAAUUGAAUUGCCAUUAAAUGUUGAAUUACCUAAUCUAUAGCGUUUCAUAUGGCAUGAUUCA